UGGCGUCACUGCUAGUGAGGGGGAGCUUUGAGGAUGCUCCGCUGAGCUGGGAGGGAAUACAUUCGCUGCUUAGUUUGCAUUGAGAGCUCAGCCAUUAUCAGCUGUACACUAAGGACAAGGACUCCUCUGCAGAAUCCUUUUCCACACCCUGUGCUUGACGGCUCCUCUGCCUUUUCUCAGCUGCAGCCAUGAAUUAUCUGCGUCGGCGUCUCUCGGACAGCACGUUCAUCUCCAACCUGCCCAAUGGCUACAUGACAGACCUUCAGAGGCCUGACCCUGCUCAGCCUCCUCCACCUGCCUCCACCACCCCUGCCAAGUCUCCCACAGCUGGGCCAACACCUCCAGCCACUUCGCCUGCUCCAGAGAGGAAACCGCAGCCAGCUCAGUCGACGGGAGCAGGUUUCUUUAGUUCCAUAACCAACGUUGUGAAGCAGACAGCUGCUUCAGCAGGGCUGGUGGAGCAGACCCAAGUCACGACACCAAAGAAGUUUAAGAUUCUUUUUGUCAUUGACGAACCAACACAGGAGUGGGCAAAAUUAUUCCGGGGAAAGAAAAUACAUGGGGAUUAUGACAUCAAAGUGGAACAGGCUGAAUUCAAUGAGAUCAACGUCGUAGCUCACGCCAACGGAACCUGCAUGGUUAACAUGCAGGUUUACAGAAACGGCACCAAGGUUGUCAGGUCAUUCAAGCCAGACUUUGUCCUCAUUCGUCAACAUGCCUUCAGUAUGACUCAGAAUGAAGAUUUUCGCAACCUGAUCAUCGGUCUGCAGUAUGGUGGCGUCCCAAGCAUCAACUCCCUCGAGUCCAUCUACAACCUGUGUGACAAGCCGUGGGCGUUUGCCCAACUUAUCAACACCUUUAGGAAGUUGGGUGCUGAUAAGUUCCCUCUGAUUGAGCAGACCUUUUACCCAAACUACAAAGAGAUGGUAAGCAUGCCAUCAUUCCCUGUUGUUGUGAAGAUUGGACAUGCCCAUUCCGGUAUUGGCAAGGUGAAGGUUGACAACCACAGUAAGUUCCAGGACAUUGCCAGUGUUGUUGCUCUCACUCAGACCUACACCACCACAGAACCUCUGAUCGACUCAAAGUACGACAUCCGGAUCCAGAAGAUCGGCACCGACUACAAAGCAUACAUGAGAACAUCUAUAUCUGGUAACUGGAAAAGCAACACGGGCUCAGCUAUGCUUGAACAGGUCGCUAUGACUGACAGGUACAAGUUGUGGGUUGACACCUGCUCAGAGAUUUUCGGGGGUCUGGACAUUUGUGCAGUUAAAGCUAUCCAUGGGAAAGAUGGCAGAGAUUACAUCACAGAGGUGGUUGGUUCUGCCAUGCCUCUGGUAGGUGAACACCAGGCUGAGGACCGGCAGCUCAUCACUGACAUGGUGAUGGAAAAAAUGAACCAGGCAGCUGAGAAGGAAGCGAAUGCUCCCCAGAGACCUACCACAAUUCAGCCAUCUCAGGGAGCUGGACAGAAGGGAGAAAUCACUGGCGAACCCACUAAGAAUGGUACCGGGCGCCCUCCUCAAGGUUGUCUGCAGUACAUCCUCGACUGUAAUGGCGUUGCAGUGGGUCCAAAACCAGUCCAGGCCAACUGAGUAACCCAGGAGAAGGGGGAGAGUCUCAGAGUCUAGAUAACACUGACGUACCUUAGCUGAACCCGAAGGCAUACGUGUGGGGGAAUGCCGAUAACUAGAAUCAGAUCGUGGGGGUGUGAGCUCGGUACAACCAAGUGCUGGCCUGGACUGUGUUUUUAACUCUAUGCAGUGUCAAAAUGUACUGUCUAGUUGUUGACGGGUUGAUUUGUGUGCUUGUAGAGGUCACCUAUGUUUCAGUAGCUGUGGUUUUUCUUUGGGGCUGUUGUUGAUUAUGUAAAAAGCAGAUUGUGCCUACACUGAGUUCAGUGCUGCUCUGUGCUACCUGUUUGACCCAGCUAUGAAUCUUUUUAUUUGCCCCCCGACCCUGAUUUUCUUUUUUCUUUUUUAAGUGUGUACCUUUAGAUAUUGUUCAAACUGUGGACAGCCGUACAGUUUGAAGUUUGUGUAUAUCUCAAUAUGUGUACCGUAAGUGGGUGUGUAUGGCUGUAGUGGUGAUUAUUUUCGUACUUAUACUAGUAGAUAUUUAUUUUUGUUUUGCAUGAUUGAUACAAAGGCAGGUGCAAGUCAUUUUUAACUGUCCGAUCAAGUGGGAUGUUUGUGUAACAUCGCUGUUACAUCGCUGUGUUUAUCUAAAGCUGUGUUCCCUGUGAUCCAUGCAUUGUGAAUAUGUCAUAAGAAAUGCAUAUUAUAAGUUCUACAGGAUACAGUGUACACAUACAAUAGAGACAUACAGUAUUUUGCCUUUCUCAACAUUCAUUUUUUCCAUCUAUAACAACAUAAGUGUCGCGAGAAAAGAGAUUAUAUAGAGUGAUUAUAGAGUAUUAAUGGAUGGACGUAUAAUAUUAGAAUAUUUAUUAAAGAUUUUAUCAUGAAAAAAACUGUGCAGCAGCAAUUUCAAUAUAUUUAUAUAAUUUUGAGCCAAAGAAAAUAUUAUUUACUUUAAAUCAGUCUUUGCACUCCAGUAACCCACAAUGUAAAUACCAGAGGGGACUGUUAAUGCUGCAGUUUGUCACAUAAGGGGGUGCAAUUUCAUUAGGGAGCAGUGCUUCGACACAAUACUUCUCUUUUCAAAUUGCCUGUUGUAAAUCACACCCCAGUGAGCUAAUGCAGUUGUUGUCUUUUUGCAUUCCGUUUUGUGGCAGAUAUAAUGUCUGAUAAUGAAAAGGUGCGUAAUGUAUGAUCUGCCUUGAAAUGCCAGAUAUGAAUUUGCCCCACCCCCCACCCCCCACCCCACCCUGUUGCUCCCACACUGGAUAUCAGCUAUCGUGGAGGUGUUGCCAUGACAACAAUGCCAAGUGCUCUGAGAUUUAGUGUGGACUGCUGUAGUCGUACAGUGCCUGCGUUACUGCCAUUCAAAGAUUCCUGUGAGUUGAUGGAGAGUGCAAUAUAAAUCUUGUUUUUUUACAAAUUCAAUAAUGUAAUUUAUUUUGAAAUCAGAUCUUCCAUCAAAUUGAUUUAAAAAGCUAUAGUCAUCCCCACAUUCAUAAAAAAAAAAAACAUUUCAAAGCAUUUUUGUUUUCUUACACAAAUGUCACAAUCACUUGUUGUUGUCCGGUGGCUUUUGUGGAGGCCAUUUCACAUAUCUAAUACCCUAAAUGGUGAAACAGCUAAAAAGCAACCAAAUCAACUGUAAAAAGAAAUCUGUACCGUUUUCCAACAAUUUGUUUGUUACUAUAGUAUAAAAUCUGUUCAGCAAGCUCUGUGUGCAGUUCUUUUCAAAGUUGUAUAAGUGCCAUUGUGUCUGUGAGCGUAUCCCUUGUACAAGCCAUGCCUGAGGCUUUAUGGAUGUAUUGAUCUGUUUAAUAGGAAAUAUGCCAUGACAUUGAUUUCCAAAGGAAGAACAUGCAGGUACCACAGUCAGUAAUAGCUGCAUGGUUAGUCCUUGGUUUGGUGACUGUCAUUAAACAUUUGCUAAUUUAUCACUGGGUGUGUUCAUUUGGUCGUUGUGUCGGGAUGAAACUUCUGUCUUCAGACCCAGUGGACUGUGACUAUUACAGGCCGUGGUACUUUGAGAACCGGUGUUGAGCUGUUUAAAUCAAGAUCAGAACACAAUAUGUUGUGGAAAAAAACUAAUCCUUUCUGGAUAUUUCCCCUCUGUCACUGGCAAUAAAGCUUCCUUUGCAAUAUA